UCGCAACAGUUUUCAUUUUCUUCUGUGCGAGUGUUCAACGACAAGUGUUUUUCAUAAAUUUUAAUAUUAAAAUAAAUAAAAAAAAAAAAUGGAAAAUAUAAAACAUUGGAGAGCCGAAUGUGUAUUGUUAUUGUUGAUUGUAUUUGUGGGAUUUAUUGAAAAAAGUGACAGUAUACAGGGAUGGGGUACACAAAUUGGUCGUGCACCAUUACUCGAAAGAUAUGCAUGGAAUGUAUUGGAUUUUGCAUAUCCAGAUGAGGGAAGUAGACAAGCGGCCAUUGACAAAGGCGAUUACAUUCCUGAAAAUGCAUUACCAGUUGGAAUUGAAAUUUGGCGAAAUAAACUUUUUGUCACUGUGCCAAGAUGGCGAGACGGUAUUCCAGGAACUCUAAAUUACAUUUCUUUGGACACGAAUCAAAGUGGAUCGCCAAAAUUAAAUCCCUAUCCAAAUUGGGCUCAAAAUACAGCGGGAGCAUGCGGUAGUGGUCUAACAACUGUCUACAGAAUUCAUGCAGACGCAUGUGACAGACUUUGGGUAUUAGAUACAGGAACAAUUGGAAUUGGAAAUACAACAGUUCAAGCAUGUCCUUAUACCCUUAAUGUUUUCGAUUUGACAACUGACAAACUUAUCAGGCAAUAUAAACUUCGACCUGAUGACAUUAAUCAGAAUACAUUUAUAGCAAACAUUGCCGUUGAUUUGGGUAAAAAUGGAUGUGACGAUGCAUUUGCCUAUAUGUCUGAUGAAUUGGGUUAUGGUUUAAUUGUUUAUUCAUGGGCAUUGAAUAAAUCGUGGCGUGUUACUCAUGGUUUUUUCAUGCCCGAUCCAUUACGUGGUGAUUAUAAUAUUGGUGGUCUUAAUUUUCAAUGGAGUGAAGAAGGUAUUUUUGGUAUGAGCCUGUCGCCAUUGGCCGCCGAUGGUUUUAGAACAUUAUUCUUUCAUCCUUUAAGUAGCAAUCGAGAAUUCGCCGUAUCGACCAGAGUUCUUCGAGACGAACAGCUGGCCCUCGAUAGUUAUCACGAGUUUCAGCCAUUAUCAGAACGAGGACCACUUUCACAUUCAACGGCAGAAAUUAUGGAUGAAAAUGGACUUCAAUUCUUUAAUUUAGUUGAUCAAAAUGCUGUUGGAUGUUGGAAUUCUCUUUUGCCUUUUAGUCCUGCAAAUCAUGCAGUCGUUGCCCGACACGACGAGGCCAUAAUUUUCCCCGCUGAUGUCAAGAUUGACCGCCGAGGCACACUUUGGAUAAUUUCCGAUCGAAUGCCAAUUUUUCUCAUGUCGACCUUGAACUAUACGGACAUUAAUUUCAGAAUAUUAACGGUACCAGUUCAAGAUGCAAUUGCAGGUACUGUUUGUGACACAGCGCCCUGGAAACAGCACGUCAGCAAUCAUCUUUGGUGGAAUCGAUGAUGAAAAAAAAAAAAUUGAAAUAAUAAUAAAUAAAAACAAAAAAAAAAAA